AUUCCGGUGGCCUCUGAAUUUCUUCCGAAGGUACUUUUUACAUCACAGUUGUUCACGUUCUACAAACCGCGGAACGGCAAUGAAUUUCGUGAAGGAAAUUGUUAGUUGGCAUGAGCCCAUCAAAUCAGGAAUAGUCGCGGCUGUUGGGUUGACAUCGCUUCUGAGUCUGUCUUGUAUGUCCCUAAUAUCUUUUAUCGCCUACGCCGGGAUGUCGUUAAUAUGCUGCACUGCUGCUUGGAAGUUUUAUAAUGCCAUUACUCUUCCGUUCAAAUCAAAUUCAUCUAAAGAUCCAUUUCAAUAUUGGCUUGAAUUGAAAAUCACUUUGCCAGAAGAAAAGAUUGCCGAGCGUGUCCCAGCUCUGUGUGAAAAGUUGUCCGAAAAUUUGAAUUAUUUACGUCGCGUUAUUUGGUUGCAAGACUACUUUGAGACUGCUAAG